CGCUCCUUCCGCUUUCCCGGCAGGCCCCGGGCGGCGCGUGCGCACUCAGUGACCUUCCCGAGACGUUCAUUGAGUGUCGGGGCGGCCAGAGCCGUUGUCCUACCUCGAGAUGUUUCAAAGCCUCAUCAAAAAUGUUUGGGUCCCCAUGAAGCCCUACUACACUCAGGUUUACCAGGAGAUCUGGGUAGGGAUGGGGCUGAUGAGCUUCAUCGUCUACAAAAUCAGGAGUGCUGAUAAAAGAAGUAAAGCUUUGAAAGGUUCGAGCCCUGCCCCCGCCCAUGGCCAUCACUAACCAGCCCUACCUGGGGUGCUCGUCGGUCGGAACGUCAGCCCAGCUGUCAGUUUCAGCAAGCUCUGUUGGAGGCACCGUGGACGUCGCUAUGUGCUUAUAGAGUGCCCUUUCCUUCGUGGCAUGAAUAAACGUACCUGUGAUGUAGACUGCCUGCACCCAGGGUCCUCUCAGCUC